CGUCCUCUUCACUCUCUUCUCCUCUGCCAUCAUGUCCGUUAUGUCCAGUUGUAAUGGUGCUUGUGUUUAUUGUUGUCCUUACUUUGGUUCUCCUUUUUGUGUUGCAGGUGGAUGCCAGCACAUCUUACAGGAUGAACCCGCUAGCUGCUCUCUGCAUCGACCGCAACGCUCUGGUAGUGGGGAACUACCGCCCCCAUGGAGGACUUUUCUACCCUGGCCUCCAUGCUCUCUCUGGGGAAAAGCCCCAGGAGGCUGGCUCUUCCCUCCCGCUCGGCUAUGAUCUGCUGUACAAACCAGAGGAUGGUCAGAAAUCUGGAUACGUUGGCCUUUAUAAGAGCGCACCACCAGCGCUGCAGAAACCUUUAGUUGUCCCUGCUGGAGGAGGUGAUGGCCUGGUGAUGGACCGUCGAGUUCUACCCAAUGACAAGCAGUCAGAACUGGGCCUGAAUGGUGCAAACUUCCUAAGAUUGCCCUGGAUCAGCCCAUAUGGGGAUGCAACAAUGUACCCCUUUCUGGACAUGGCAUACAAGGCCUCCUUCUUGUCCCAGCCAUCGCCCUUCAUCCAGCAGCAGCUGGCAUAUCAGUCACUGUGUGCUGCUGGGGCAGGAAGCAGCACACCUGCAGAAGACAGGCUAUUCUACCUGCCUCAUUAUGCCCUGGCACAUAUGUCAUCCCCACUGGGUCCUCCAAUAAGGAUCCAUACAGCAACUGCAACUCCUGCAGUCCAUUCACCCCUACCCUGCCAAGACAAGGCUCUACAGAGUGUUGGUCCUCAGGUACAUCAGGAAAACCCACAGAUCUGCCAGGAGCCCCAGACUCAGUCUGUUCACCACACUGAGCGACAACAUGGCAAGUCCAGUCAGCCCACUUCAACCAGCAACCCUGCAGGCAGUAAAGGUGGUGGAAGUAACGGUGCCCCUGCUGCCUCACAGUCUGAUCUUCCAUGCUCAGUUCCCCCACCUACACCUCUCAGUAACACCACCACAGACCUCCAGAAGUCGCUUUACGGAAGCACUUCUUCAUCCUCGACCUCACUUUCGGUGUCUCACCCCGUCUAUGUGGGAAGCCGGAGCCCUCCUAUGCCUUCCAGUACCAAUAAAACCAAAGACGGCGGUUCAGACUGCUGUAAUGCAGAGAAAGGUUCAUCAACUGCAAAGACAUCAUUAGAUAGAGCUGUACCUCAUAAACUGGCCAAAAACUCUGGGGAAAAACCUUUGGAUCUGUCUGCAAAAGAGCUGGAAGGGUUCACAUCCAAACUAGAGGUCCUGACUAAGUUGGGGUAUUUACCUCCAUCACGUUACAGGCUACUAAUCAGUCAGGACCAGCACUUAAAGGAUGGUCUACCUCUACCUGUUAGCACAUCAGCAAAGACUCCAGAUCAUCCUGAAAUGACUAGCACCAUGCCCUCCCCUUGGGUUGUUCCGGGUCCUUCCUCAGCUGUCAGCUCGGACAGAGGUUCCCAAGUUAUGAAAAAUAAAAAUAUAGAUCAUCAUCCACAGCCGCAAAGCUCACCAGGUUCCACGGCAGUCGAGCUGAGCAGCACUGCAGCGGGGGGAAGAUCCUCCGCACCUUCCCCAAAGUCCAAAGUUGAAUGGCCACGAGUCACCACCACCGACUUGGAGAAAGACCAUCCAAACAGUAAAGGAGAUGCAAGCCCUGGAAAACAGAGCAUUUGGCCUGAUAAACCGGAUGAAGAGAGUCAACAGCAGCCCCGCGUAGAAAAUGGGAACUCCUCCAGUCAAAUCUAUGGUGACUCUUACCUCCCUCCUGGUUUAGGUUACACUAACCGCUACAUCCCAUACUCCCAUGCUGAGAAUAUGUCCCUGCAACAUAUGACCAUACCAGGCAAAGGGCCCGUCUAUCCUCAUCCAGUCCUGCUCGGCAACAGCCACUUUUAUUCCCCUCGUGUGGCACCAAAACAUGGCCUUCCUUAUGGACUACAUCCAAACCAGGGCGACUUUAUGACUUACCAGAAUUCCCAUGGGAUGGCCAAUCCACCUGUUUCCUCCCACUCAGGUACGAGCCGACUUGAGACCCAGGAUAAAUCCUGGAAAGCUGAAUCACACAGGAACCAGGAGAAGGUAGACGCUGACAGAUCCCACAAAAGUGACAAUGGAAGAGACAAGUCCACAGACCAAACCACAAAGGCUUCAUGCAAAAAUUAUGUCAUGUUUAUUGACCUAGUGCGGGACGAGACAAAAGAUGAUUUGUCCAACGUGAGAGACGACUCAUCCAAACAUGGCAGCAGUAGCUCAUGGUCUCUCAGAGCCCUCACUCCCAACCCGGCUGCAGAGCACAGGCCAGGCUCACUGCCCCACACUUCCCAACCACAACCUGCUCAUCACAACUCUUCACCUCAUGAGGAGAUCCCAGAAAACGAGGAGCCACCCAGCCCUCCUCCUGACAUUCCAGAGGAGCAGACGAUGCGGUGUGCCCGAACUUCUCCACAGCAGUUUUCUAGAAAGCAUAAAACCGGAGCCUCUGCACGUGCUGGGGACUCGCUAAGGGGUGGCACUAAUGGUAGGAAUAAUGGCGUUGAUGGGUUGAAGUCAGAGUCCUCAGCCAAUAGAAAUGGUAACCCUGAACAACGAUCUUCCAGAAAUGGCGACCCAUUGGGUCCUCUCAGCAAAGAAGAUUGUUCUAGUGACUGUAACAGUUCAAACAUCAUGUGUACAGUCACCAGCAGUCAUUCAGGCAGUCCAGUGUGCAGGAGCUUUAACCCCAGAGCUCCAGCUGGAGGCGUUAUCAAUGUCAGGGAUCCACAGUGUGUCGACAUCAACCCAACAAGUCCCACAGGUAACAGUGGAGACAGUACAAGUGCUGUCAGCAGGAAUUUUGUGGGCCCAUGUUGCAUAAAUUUGUCUCCAAGGACGGCAACGUAUGAACCUAGAAUAUUCAGCAGUCCAACUCAUGGAAGUAACAGAGCUGUGACUCCAAACUGCACGAACAUCAAUGCUAUGUGCCCAAACGUUCAUCUGAGGGCUCCUGCAUGUGGAAAGAACUGUUGUCCAAAUUGUGGAAAUACUCUCUGUAAAGGCCAAUCUUUUGGAAACAACAACCCCAGGGUCCCCACAUGUGGAAACAGUUUCCCUCUGGGCUCAACCUGUCUGCGCCUUUCACCUGCCAGUCCUGCUAAUAAAGUCUUUAACUCAGCACCUGCUGAUCAGACUCACGCUAACAAAGACCUUUCCUCCGAUGAGGCAGAGCCCAGGAGAGAGAUGCCGACCUCCGGCCUCACUGCUGAUAGCUGUGGUGAUGUGAAGAAAGACAUUGAGGACGGCAUUGACGAAGCAGACGAAGAAGAGGGCCCCGGCAGCAGCAAGAACCGGCGCUCUGGCCUCACCAAACGCAUCGCCAACUCGUCCGGCUACGUCGGCGACCGGUUUAAAUGCGUGACCACGGAACUUUAUGCCGACUCAAGCAAGCUGAGCAGAGAACAGAGAGCACUGCAGCGCGCCAUGCUGAGAUUCUCCGAGCUCGAGCUGAAAAAGAAAGGAGGAGGAAGAGGAGAAGAAGAAGAGAUGACAGCAGUCGAGAAAGAGGAGAGGGAGCGAGCAGACAGCCAGCAGGGAGACGAGGAGGAGGAGGAGGAGUGGAGGAAGAAAGAGGGAGGAGGGUGGGAGCGCUGCCAGCAGAGCGAGGAGAGGCGAGGAGGAAGAACUCCCUCUGCAGCGUCCGUCGAGGCGCCAAGAGGUUUCCGUCCAUCUUGUCCUCACAGCUGUUUAUCCGUCCUCCGAGAGAAUGAUGGCGCUUCAGUGGAGGAGGAGAAGAAGAAAGAGGAGAAGAGCUUUUUGUCACAGCAACAACAACAGCAACAACAGCAACAACAACAGCAACAGCAACAGCAGCAACAACAGCAACAGCAACAGCAGCAGCAACAGCAGCACCAAAGAUGUCUGUCCACAGCCAGAGGCUUGUUUCUGGGAAACGCGUCCAUGCCGGGACUCGCAGGUUCGAGUCCCAAUGCGACGAUGAACCGGAGGCGGAUCUUCAGCCUGCAGCCUUUCCACCAGAGCAGCAUCAGCAGCAGCCGUCAGAAGAGAGGGAGGGACGAGGAGCGGGACGAGGAGCGGGACAAGGAGCGGGACGAGGAGCGGGACAAGGAGCGGGACAAGGAGCGGGGCGAGGAGGACAAGACGGGACACCUCGACAAGAAAACCAAGCUGACUAACGGCUCGAUCCUGGACGACGUGAAGAAGCUGAAGGUCUGCAUCGAACUCAGCGGCCUCCGACUUAACAAGCCCCGCCUCCCUGAGGAGCUCAGCCAAUGGCUGCCCUCCAGCCAGAGGUCAGCUGAGGUCGGCAGGAAGUUCACAAUGGACCUCCCAGCAGCCAUGAGGGUCAGGUCAGAGGUCAACGGAGGCUGGCGUGAGUGCACGUUAGUGACGCGGGACGACCCGAGAGUUUUCCACGUGGCUCCGCCCUCUCCUCCCGCUCAUCUCCCACGGCAACUCUUCAGCCCCGCCUCCUCCCGCCUCCAGGACAAGCAUCAGAAGCUCAGAGAGAGUCGCCGGGUCUCCCUCUUCCUCCCGUCCUUACCUCCUCUUCCUCCCUCCUCCUCCUCAUCUGACCCCCUUCCCUUCCGUUGCCAUGACGAAGACCUAGCCAAGCCGAAGGGCAAACGACCGUGCAAGACGAAGCACACGGGAGGAGAGACGGCGAGGGACGAGGACAGACACGAGGGAGGAAGUGAUGACGAGGACACGACUGGAAAGGUCUCUCCGUACGACCCGUCUUGCUCGCCGACCUGUCGACCUCCCCCUCCUGAAGUUCGACGACUCAUCGUGAACAAAAACGCUGGAGAGACGCUGCUGCAGCGCGCCGCCCGCCUCGGAUAUGAGGAGGUGGUGUUGUACUGUCUUGAGCGGCGGCUCUGUGACGUAAAUCAUCGAGACAACGCCGGGUACUGCGCCCUGCAUGAGGCCUGCGCCCGUGGCUGGUUGGGGAUCGUACGCCACCUGGUGGAGCACGGAGCUGACCUGAACUGCAGCGCUCAGGAUGGAACCAGACCGCUGCAUGACGCCGUGGAGAAUGACCACCUGGAGGUGGUGCGCUUCCUGCUGGCCUGCGGCGCUGACCCCACCCUCACCUCCUACUCUGGACGAGGACCAAUCAACAUGACGCACAGCGCUGCCAUGGAAACCUUUCUGGAGGACUAUCUGUCUGACCUCCAAGGAAGGUCAGAGGGCGACCCAGGAAUCUGCUGGGAGUUUUAUGGCAGCUCAGUGUGCGAGCCGUCCAGCGAGGAAGGAGUGUAUAACAUUCUUGCUGACCCUCCGGGGCCAGAGGAGGAGGAGGUGGAGGACAUAGAAGAGGAUGAGGAUGAGGAGCAACAAGCCAGAAGGGAGGUGUUUGAGUUUGAGCUUUCUGACCGGCCACUGCUCCCCUGCUACAACAUCCAGGUGUCACUGUCCCAGGGCCCCAGAAACUGGCUCCUCCUGUCCGACGUCCUGGGUCGACUCCGGAUGACGUCUCGGUCCUUCCGCCGCCUUUUCCCGCAGCUCAACUUGCAGUCGAUCCCUGAGGACGAGUUCUACCGGCAGGUGUCCCUGUCGCAGCUCCUGACGGGUCCUGAUGAGCAACAGCUGGCCUCCUUCAGACCAGACGUCAUGGACCUCUUGGAGCUGGUUGAGGCCACCCCUGAGCUGGCCGGCAUGCUUGGCUCCUCGCUAGAGUUUGUGGACACUCGUUGGGACUCGCUGGAAUCUUCGCCACCUCCAACUCCACCACCACCACCGAGACUGCCACUAAGACCACUACAACGCAUUCCACCAUUGUUAGCGCCACAGCGACAAGCUGGUUCAGAGUCCGGACACUUGCACGGUCUUAAACAUCUGGGAUAUUCUGCUCUGGCAGCUAAACUGAAAACCAAAAUGGACGCAAAUGCAGCGGCACCACAUGCGACGCUGAACGCUAACAUGCGGGAACCACAAAGACAACAAGGUAAGAAUACCUGGAUCUGUAACUCUGCUACUCCGGACUCUAAGAUCGACUCCAGUGUGUGGGAACAACUACAACAACGACGUAGUAAGGACACUGUGAACCCUAAUUCUGCUACUCCGGACUCUAAAGUGAACUCCACGUGGGAACAAGGAAAUAAACCCACUCCAGACGCCUCCGUCAGGUCCAACUUAGCACUUGGUGCUAGCAUGUGGCAACCACAGCGACUGCGAAGUCGAAGCGCUUUGAAUUCUGACAGCAGAGUGGACGCCGCCGGGUCAGAACCACAGCGAGUCCAAAGUAAGAACCCCGCUGAUCCAGCAAACUCGACUGGUGCACCGGUUGCUAACACGUGGACACGACAAACUCAAGGGAGUCAGACGGGCAGGGUUCAGGACUCCACAAACCCAGGUCCUUCAGUCGACGGUCGUGUUUGGGAACGACUGUGAAGUAACAAUGCAGGGAACCCGAGUCCCGCCAAGCCGAGCCCCGCCAAGCCGAGCCCUGCCAACCCGAGCCCCGCCAAGCCGAGCCC